AUGAUCACUUCCUCGUCUCCCGUUUCACAGCCUAGGGACGAUCAUCAACAACCGUGUCCACCGCCAACAACACUCACGAGAAGGAUUUAUUGUGAUGGUUCUUUCGAUCCUAUUUCAAGAGAGGCGGCUUAUGGGGUGGUUAUUACUAACCCUCAUGGACAGUUUGUGGAUGGUAAGGCUGGACGGGUUGUUUGUUCAUCCCCUAUAGAGACUGAAGCCUAUGCUUUGUUGGAAGCAUGCAAGUUGGCGAUGAGAGAGCAUGUCCCAUCAACUAUAUUUUCAGAUUGUAAAGCUCUAGUGGAUGCUCUGAAGAACCACUCGGAUUUGUGGCCCUGGAAUUGCUACGCUAUCCUCUCCUCCAUUCAACGUAUUAUCCAGGUGUCCAAUUGGAUCAACAUUGCCUUCACUUGCCGACGGAACAACAAAGAAGCAGACUGGAUUGCCCGAAAUGCUAGAUUAAACACCCUCCACCAGGACUGGCUUGUUGUCCUUAAUAUCAUCUCUGCUUUCCUGUAA